AUGACUAUAAACAUUCACCUGCAUGCAUUAUUGUGUGUAUGUGUGUUUAAAACACUGCUGCUUCCCACACUGAGGAGAGAGAACGCAGGAGACGCCACAGAACACACAGGAAGUUAAGAUCUUGGACCCAGAAGGGUAUCUCUGCUCUGCGACACUCCAUCGUUGUGAGACUUCAUCAUGACUGAGAUAAAAAACUUCCCAGUCUCGUGUUUGGAUUUGGACACUUUGCUCUUAGCGAAGGUGAAACUGCGCCAGGAGGGGUUUCUGGAUUCCAACACGAAGACCUGUUUGGAUUUUGCGAUCCAGACUCUGGAGAAUUUUCCUGUCUCUAAGCGUCGUGACGUCUCUCUCACCCUCGAAGGAGAGAGGCAGCUGGUUCGGUUCACUGCAGGAAACCCCGUCCUGCUGUACGUCGUCCGCCUGGGUCAGAAAGGUCCAGAGUUUCAUCAGAAGGUUCCAGUCGGGCCUCGUCUCACUCCCUCGUGCCUGAGCGAGUUUCACUUUGCCGAGCAUUGCUGCAGAGACGAGCUGGAGAGCUGUUUGAAUCAAGCCAGACGCAUUUUAGGUGAGUCUAAUCCGUCGUCUCAGAACGAGCUGGAGCUGAGGAUCGUAUGCGGUGAGCUUCGGAUUACCUACACCACCCAGCAGCCUCGGCGCAGCCUGUACAUCUGCCCUCACCGCCGAGUGCACUUCGACAAAACGCUGAACCUGGAGAAGCUCCUGGAGACCAAAACAUGUUUGGAGAGAAACGGCGAGAUGAAGGAAGGCCUGCAGGCUUGUUUCCAAUACCUGCUGAGAAACUACAGAGACUUUCAUGAAGAAAACAUCCGCAUCGUUGUCCAGAGCGACGGAGAGCUGAUGGAGCUGGUCUGCGGCCGUGACGAAUACCACAGCACGCAACACUUCAUCUACACUGAUGGGGAGAAUACAGCUUACAGCCACAUUGUUGAGGACAUGGAUCUGGUGGAGAGGUGGGAGGACGAGUGAAGGUCAAAAGGAGAAGGAGUCGCGCUACAGGGUCACGUCACUGUAUUAAGAAAUAUAGCUUUAAAUCAUUACCGUUAUUGUUAGAUUGGCAGAAAUCAAACUGAUGGAGAGACAAAUAAAUAAAUACUGUACAUAUCACAUGGCAUCUUAUUUCUCCUUGUGUCUCUCUUUAGACUGUAUAGA